AUGCGACAAGCAUAUGACCCAGAGUCGCUCAUUGCAUUGCAUGAGGACGAUGAACCGAACUUAGAUGGAGCGUACAAGAUUGAAGCGCAGAUGCGGAAUGGGUUUGUGCGUAAGGUGUACGGAAUCGUAGCGUGUCAAGUAUUGUUGACUACGAUUAUCUCGGGCUACUUCACGUUGAAUGAGCGGGCUCGCAUCUGGUGUUUGGCUGGAAGCGGUCGAUUCCUGUUUGGAUUUCUGGGUAUAGCGGCUUUUGGCUUGAUCUUGGGGCUGGCUUGCGUGCCUAGCGCGAGGACGAAGUACCCUCUGAACAUGGGCCUACUUUUCGCGCUGACAGUAUGCAUGAGCGCUACUGUUGCGAACGCGUGCGCAUACGUGGCUGUCGCCGUGAACUCUGUAGUGGUAUUAGAAGCUCUGGUGCUGACUUUGGUGGCAGUAGUGGGACUCACAAUAUUUGCCAUGCAAACCAAGUACGAUUUGACAUUCAUGAAUGGAUUCUUAACUAUCGGAUUAUGUGUUCUACUUGGCGUUGGUUUAGUUAGAAUGAUAUGGCCGUCUUUACCCGGAGGAGACUUAUUGAUGAGCGGCGGUGGUGCAAUAAUAUUCUCAGGUUAUAUUCUCGUCGACACCCAAUUGCUAGUAGGCAAUGGUGAGGUGCAAUUAUCGCCUGAUGAUUACAUCGGAGCGGCCCUGAACAUAUAUCUGGAUAUCAUUAAUCUUUUCAUGUCCAUUCUGCAGCUAUUGGCUGCCUCUCAAGACAAUUCAUCAUGA